AUGUGCCAUCAUAUGUCUCUGCAGACAAUACUUCCUGCUGCUGGUCUAACUAUUGAGAUAAUUACUUUCUUUGCAACCACCCGUGUUCGCAAUUGUGAUGAACUGCCUAAUGAAAUCAAUGAGUUUGAGCCAGCUAAUUACCAGAAUAUUCUGGAUGGUUCCUUGGAUCCGAACUACUUAAUUGAUCUUAUUGGAAAACUUCUCGAUUUGAAUAUUAUCAUCCAGCGUUAA